AAAUGUAAUGUCUGUAUUCUUAAAUAAAAUCAGAAAAGUUAAAAAAAUUAUUGUAAUUAUCAUUAUAAAUUAAUUAAUUAAACAUUGACUAAUAAGUAAAAACAUAGGCUGUUUAUAUAAAGAAAUUAAAUCUGCAUUCGAUAUAUCGAUUAUUUUAAUACAUGUCAAUUCGAUUUACUUUGUUGUAUGCCACAAACGUGGUGCUAAUAUUUUAAAAUUGGCGAUGGGGCUGUGAUCUGUGAAAUCUUAGGGGAUAGGGUUUCUUAUCUUUUAAAACAGAUUUUCUGCUAUUAUUAAAAUGUCCGGUGAUAAAGUGACCGUAAAGACAGAAGCUGGGGCAGCGUUUAAAAGACUCCCAUCAUUUAAACAACCAAGAGAUUUAAAGCUCUCCCAGUUUUCUAAUCCUUUGGCAGAAUCAAGGACUAAAAAGGUCUUUGUUCCUAACUUAAACGUCCAAAGGAAGAAGCAAAAUGAGUCACACGAAGGAUCUACUGAAAACAGUAAUGAUAAAAGAGAUAGAAACAAAAGGGAAGAGCGCCAACGCCAGAAGAAAAAUUUUGUGCAAGGGCAAGGAAUUUUCUCCGAAGGUCUUGCCCCACAGAUGAAAAGGUUUUCAUCAGGGGGACGAUACAGUCAAGAAUCUUCAGGUGGCGGUGGCGGUGGUGGUAGCGGAAGUAUACUCAAGCCAAAGUUAAAGUUGAAUGAACCUAUAAAAGUUGAUCAGAAUGAGGAAGACCUCAUCAUGAAGGAGUUGAUGAGGGAUGAUUUCAUUGAUGAUCCUGGCUUUCUACCUGAUAUGGAUGAUUCGCCUGUGGAUCUUCCUCUUAAAAAGAUGGAAGAUUUAAAAGUGAAGGAUUCCAAAGAAGACAUCCCUAAGUUGAAGCCUGAGGAAACAGCUCAAGUGAAUGGUGUUCGGAUAAAAGAGGAACCGCCAGUUCCUCAGCCCCAAGUGUACAAAGAUGAAAAACCUGUCGAUAUUUCUGAAUUGCGCACUUACACGGUCGCUGAAAUCCUUCAUAAUAAAGCGCAAGACAAUAACUUCACUAUCUUUCAGAUCCCCAACAGCAUUCCAAGGUUAAAAGUUCCUGAAAUGGCCAAGCCUAACAAAAAGUCUCAAAAAGAAGAAGAAGAAGAGGAAGUAGAACGGUGUUCCCUGCGAAGCCUACCUCCUGGUCAAAUCGGUACCCUUCAAAUCCUGCGAUCAGGAAGAGCCCGUCUCCUGUUGGGGGAUGUAAAACUUAUGUUUGAGUCAGGCACGCAGGUGGCCUACCAAAAGGAACUUGUUUCCGUCGACUUAAACUCAACUGAAAAGACUGGUAAUAUUAUCCAUAUUGGUAAUCUGACUACAAAGAUUCUUGUGACUCCCGAUUGGGGAACCCUCAUAAAAAACAACAAGAGCACUUGAUAUUUUAAUUUAUAUAUGUAUAUUAUUUGUAAUGUGUAUAUUUAUUUUGUAAAAUAAAUACUCUUUAUUUAACUGUU